ACAUCUCUAUGAAAAAUAAUUAUUGUGGCGGGAAUUCAUGGGUUUUUCUCUUGGAUUGUUUUUAAAUGCUUCUUAGCCCAUUAAAAUGCUUACGGUUAGCCAAAUAUGCGCGAUACUACUCUAAGCUAUCAAAGGACAUGAAGUUUCUAAAUGUGGCCGAAAAGAAUGAUGCGGCCAAAACGAUUGCCGGGCUCCUAUCAAAUGGAUCCGCGCAUCGGCGUGAAGGCUACUCUGUGUACAAUAAAGUGUACGAUUUCGAGGCACAGGUGCGCGGUCGGAAUGCCAAAAUGGUUAUGACCUCUGUGUCGGGACAUUUGAUGCAAUUAGAGUUUCUCGUCUCGUACCGCAACUGGCGCAAUGUGGAUCCACGUUCGCUUUUCGAUGCGCCCAUACGCAAAAGCGUCGGUGAGAACUAUGAGCCCAUUAAGCGGACACUGGAACGCGAAGUACGCGGCUGUCAGGGCCUGAUCAUCUGGACGGAUUGCGAUCGCGAGGGCGAGAACAUUGGCUAUGAGAUUAUUGAUGUAUGCAGGGCUAUUAAACCCAAUUUGACGGUGUAUCGUGCAAGUUUCUCGGAGAUUACGACAACUGCAGUGCGCCGCGCAUUGCUGCAGCUGGGACAACCGGAUAAACGCCAAAGUGAUGCGGUGGAUGUGCGCUCGGAGUUGGAUCUGCGCACGGGCGCGGCAAUUACACGUUUCCAAACGUUGCGCCUGCAACGCCUGUUUCCUGAGAAGAUUGCAGACAAGCUCAUUUCGUAUGGCAGCUGCCAGAUACCCACGCUGGGCUUUGUGGCAGAACGUUACAAGGAGAUCGAAGCAUUUGUCUCCGAGCCCUUCUGGAAAAUCAGGGUGCUGCACACCAUUGAGGAUUUGACGGUGGAAUUUAAUUGGGCGCGUAAUCGUUUGUUUGAUAAGGAGGCAUGCGAAAACUAUUUGCUGCUCUGCCUGGCUGAGCCAGAGCCGCGCGCAACUGUAGAGAGCGUCACAGUUAAGCCUAAGCACAAGUGGCGUCCCACACCGCUGGAUACCGUGGAAAUGGAAAAGUUGGGCUCACGCAAACUAAAGCUAUCCGCCAAAGAGACCAUGACCAUAGCAGAAAAGCUAUAUAGCAAGGGUUUUAUUAGCUAUCCACGCACAGAGACCAAUCAAUUCUCCAAAGAAUUCGAACUGGCGCCACUCGUUGAGCAGCAUACUGGCCACGAGGCGUGGGGCGCAUUCGCACAGCGUGUGCUGGAAUGGGGACCAAAUCCACGGAACGGCAACAAAUCUGAUCAGGCGCAUCCCCCCAUACACCCCACGAAGAUGGUCACAAAUCUUCAGGGCAACGAGGCACGCGUCUAUGAGCUAGUCGUGCGUCACUUUCUCGCCUGCGUCAGCAAGGAUGCUGUCGGCUCGGAGACAAUUGUUAGUAUAGACAUUGCCGGAGAGAAGUUCAGCGCCAAUGGGUUGGUCAUACACGAGCGAAACUAUCUGGAUGUCUAUGUGUAUGACAAGUGGAGCGCCAAGCAGAUACACAACUAUGAGCAGGGCCAGCGCUUUGAGCCCACAGAGAUUGUGUUGCACGAGGGCGCAACAACGGCGCCACCGCUGCUUACCGAAGCGGAUCUCAUAGCGCUGAUGGAGAAACAUGGCAUUGGAACAGAUGCCACUCAUGCGGAGCACAUUAAUACCAUCAAGGAGCGGGGAUAUAUAGGCGUUGUGGACAAGGGCGCCUUAGUGCCGGGCGUCAUUGGCAUGGGCCUGUACGAGGGCUAUGAUGCCAUGGAGUUGGCUUUGGCCAAGCCGCUGCUGCGUGCUGAAUUUGAAGCGGAUCUUAAACGCAUUUGCCUAGGCGAAAAAGACCCUAAGCUGGUGCUGCGAGAGCAAAUAGCAAAGUAUAAGCAGGCUUAUCAACAGAUUAUGGAAAAAAUCACAGCCAUGGAUGCUAAGAUAGCGCAACGGAUUAAUGAAACUCCGGCGGCGGCGGCUACUUCUGAUGCAUCGCAGGAGCAAUCGAUAAACAUACCGCGCGAGCUCUUCCAAUGUCCCAAAUGCGAACUGGCGCCUCUGGUGCUCAAGCCCAAGAAGGUUCAGACGAGUUUUUUUAUAGGUUGUCUCAAUUUUCCCGACUGUAAGAAUGUCAUUUGGCUGCCUGAGGAUUGCAAGGAGUACUGCGUGCUGGACGAGUGCUGUCCCAGCUGUGGUGAGGGGUACCACAUGCUUAAGUUUCGCUUAAGCAACGCCUACUAUCGUAGUCUGUUUAAUGCGCCACAUGGCUGGUACAAGAAUUGCUUGCGCUGUGAUGAGCUCUUUAGGAGCACCUUUAAUAUUAAUCUGGAUCAAGUAAAGCGGGUGGGCGGCAUCGUUGGGCAUGCGCCGGGUUCAGGCGGUGGACCAGGAGGAGGGGGAGGUGGUGGCGGUGGAUCUGAUCGUGGUCCAGGUGGAGGUGGCGGUGGUUCUGGUCCACGCGACUCUCCAGGUGGCGGUGGUUCUGGUCCACGUGGUCCUCCAGGUGGCAUCGGUGGCAGCUCCUGGGGCACUGCAUCCAAUUCAGAAACUCAAAAGCCAGCUAAAACGAAGCGCAGCAAUAAAACUUCACAUGAAACAACCAAGGGCCCGCAAAAGGCAACCAAAACCAAGCGCACGACCGCUGCAGCAACAACAGGCGGCAUUAGAAACUACUUUACCAGCACCAACCAGGACACUGCCAACCUGGAUGGCUUCUUCGACAGCAACGAUGGCUUCGAAGAACAACUACUAGCUGCUGCAGCCAUGGCCGAAUCAGGUGCCGCUCCAAAUCCACAACUUGAUACAGACAUUGCGGCCAUCUUUGCUGCCGAGGAUGAUGCAGAUUUUGAGGCGCUUCUGGAAGCGGGCGACAGCAAUAAUCAACCAACAGCUCCAACAACAGAUAAUUUAGACACCAGCUUGACGCAAUGGAUGCGCAAAACGUACGAGGCCGAAGAACAGCCAAUGCUAUGGGGCAGGCAGGCGCGUGCUGCUGCAGAGGCGCAGCCAACGGCGAAGCGGCCGCGAUUGAAUGAAAAUAUUGUUCCUUCAGAUUCUGCUGCUCCUGUGGUGCUUUGCAGCGGCUGCCAUCAGCCGGGGCGGCAGCAAACUGUGCGUAAUGAUGGACCCAACCAUGGCAGACUUUACUAUAAAUGCCCUAAGCCGAAGGAGUGCAAAUUCUUUCAAUGGGCAGAUGAACAUGGCCCUACAGCAGGCGCCAUGGCAGAAAGCGAUUGGGGUACACGAGGAUCUGCAGGAGCGCAGAUGAACAGUGGAUGGGGUGGCGGAAGUAGCACAACCAGUUGGGGCGCACAGGCAGCAGAGCAACAAAACAAAGGCAAAUCUCAGGAAACCGGCCAUUUAGGAGGAUCCGGUCAGCUGGGCGCAGGCAACUCGCAGCAGACCAGUUCAUGGGGCACAAAAGCAGCUGCUCAGCAAGGUAUGGACGGCACAUUGGAAGCCAAUACAUGGGGCAGUGGCAGCACUUCCUCUAGUUGGGGCACAAGAAGAGCUUCCCAGCAAGGAACAGGCAACUUGCAGCAUACCAGUUCAUGGGGCACAAAAGCAGCUGUUCAGCAAGGAACAGGGAACUCGCAGGACAAUAAUUCUUGGGGCACAAAAGGAACUUCGCAACGGAGCGCUGGGAAUUCUCAAGAAUCUCAUAGCAACUAUGCUUCAGGUUGGAGCACAAAGCCAGCGGCACAGACACGAAUUGGCAGUUCCCAGGCAUCAAAUACCCGCAACAGCAACCACAACAACAACUCCUCUAGUUGGGGCACAAGCGCUGUCACAGCCGCCGUUCAGCCGUGGGGCAGCAGCAACAUGUCGGCGACUAGUUCUCGAAGCAAUCAACGUGGUGCUGGCACCAAUGUACGCUCCAAUGGCAGCAGCACUGUGAUUGUCACCCAACCCAUGCAACCCAACGCCGUAAAUUGCAACUGCGGCAAACCAGCCAAAAGUCUGACCGUUCGCAAAGAUGGGCCCAAUCAAGGACGACCCUUCUAUGCGUGUGAAACGCGCGAAAAGUCUUGCGGCUUCUUUCAAUGGGGUGAUACAAAUGAGCAACAAGCAGGCAGCUCGAAUGCAUCGAGGGACAACGCCAAGACAAGCACGGGCUCUACCGCUCCCACUGGCAGUCGCACGCGUCGCUGUGGCCUGUGCCGUGCCGAAGGACACACGCGCCAAAAGUGUCCGCGCAAAGCCGAUUUUGACUACUGAUCAAAACAUAAAAACAAUUACCUCUGUAAUUAUAUUCAAUUUAAUUUUAAACAUUUAUUGGAGCAAGCAACAGAUAUCGGUUAUGUAUAUAGCUGCAUAGCGCAAAAAAAUAGAUAUGUAACAUACACACGCACAGUUAAGGUACACAUUCUGUAUAUAAAAUUUAUGUGUGUCGUAAAUUGAUCCACACUUAACAAACAAAUAUUUAAAGCUCUAUUUGCUGAAGAUCUUGAAAAGAGCAAAGCAUUAAAUUAGCCAUAUACUGCUUAACACUCGUUGAACAUGCCCUAUUUAAUUUGUAAAUAAAAUGGCAAUAUUUCAAAUCAUGAUAUUAAAUUUGACACAAAUGAAUGUAAAUAUCUCUGGAAAAAAAUUAAAUCUACACAGUGAAUGCUAGAAAACUAUAA